AUGAGCAAUCGUGCUGGCCCUUCCGAUGUCAACGAGGCCCAAGAAGACGACGAAUCCGACAAUAAGGAAACCAGAGAUGUUCGAGCUGCCCUUCAAAUGGCGGUCUUGCAGAUUAUCAUAAAGGAAGAUCGGAUUCAUCGAACACGGACGACACCAGGGGCUAUUCGAGCUUUGAGUGAACUAGUUUAUCAGUAUGUCACAAAUCGACUGGCUCCAGAUCUCUACCAGUUCUCUGAUCAUGCCAGUCGAAAGUCAACCAUUGCCGUGGACGACGUUGCUCUUGUAUUGCGCAAAGUGCCUCACUUGCAAGAGCAAUUGAUGGGGAAUUUGAACAUUAAAAAGGCACCCACAAAUGAAUCCAACAAAUCCAACCAAAGCAAUCGGCGGUCUAGUUCGGCGUCUGCUAGAAGCAGGCAAGAAACCGCAAAGUCUACGGCAAACCAGAAUACUCGUCGGCCUAUAACAACGAACCUCUUGUCUUCCUCUUCCUCCUCAAAUGACGAUGAUAGUUCUAUUGAUAUCGCGAAGAACAAGGAAAAAAAUCGUCCAAUAGCAGUACCUCGAGCUAGAUCAGCGUCAACAUCGCCAACCGUGGAACAACGCAAACCGACACCACUAAAGACAGCACUGAGUCUCAAAAAGGCUCCGCCUACAUACUCGCAAAACAAGAGGCGACUGGACCAGCUGCUCAAUGAUUCCUCUUCCUCGGAAGACGAACUGCCCGACUUUAUGAAACCAAUAACAAAGAAGAAAUCGCCAGCAAAAGAUUUAGGUUCCCCACUCUUGCCAUCACCAAAACGUGCGGCCUCUCCUCCCAAGCGUUCACAUCAAUCCCAAGUCAUGGAAAUUCUCAACCAAUACAGUUCCGACUCGGCAUUGUCCAAUGACUCGGAAAUGGCAGCAGCAAUAGCAACAAAAGCAACACCAGCAGCAAGCAAGAAACCCAAUUAUGAUAGUGACGACGACUCGGACGAUGAUAUUCUUGCCCAUCCUUCCAAGAAACGAACGCAAAAAGUGGUAGAUGGUAGUAGUAGUAGUAGUAGUAGUAGUCAAGAAGACGACGAUAAUCCAGGACUCCCCAAUACUAAAAAUGAUGACGACGACUCUUUCUGA